GGCAAGCGCACGCCACCUGGAUAGGAUAAUGGGGGCCGAAGCCUCGGCCGGACUCGCGCUAGUGUCGACGCUUAUCAGUCCGCUCCAGGGCUGUCUCCAGCCGACCGUCUCGCAUCGUCCGUGCUUAUCACUGGAGACCUCACCCUUCUCGACUAUGGCGGCAACAGAACCCACACCGAAUUGUUCGCUCGUUUUCGUGUCGGCAUGGCGUCUCAUUCGCGAAGCAGGUUGACUUGCGCGGCUUGUGCGAAACGGAAAGUCAAGUGCAGCAAGACGGUACCCUGCGACAACUGCAUCAGACGAGGUCAAAAAGAUACGUGCGGCAUCGGCGAAUCGCAUGGCGACAUAAGCUCUCCAACGCGUUCUUCCGACCCGAGAUCAUGUGAGCUUGACUAUCUGCGACAACGGGUCGCACAGCUCGAAAGCGAAACCUGUCAGCGAAGCCCGACGAACAUCAGAACUCCACCUGGAACUCUGCAGCCUGGAACACCAAGCGAUAGGCCUGCCGAUGAGUCCGCAGAUGAGCCCGACGACGCUACUGUUUCUCGAGACACCGCGACGGUACUGGAGUUCCUCGCUUGGGGGAGAAGGAAAGAGCCUCACUGUCACACAGUCGCGUCCCUCGAGCCCGCGGAUGAUGUCCCGAUUGAAGUUGGUUCAGGUAUAUUUGAUGACUUGUCCCAACUUUCGGUGCUUCAACUGCUUCUUCCAAGCCCUCAGCAAGUUCGACGAUUGGUGGAAUACCACCAUGAAAGCUUGUUGUGGUACCAUGGCAGCUACUUCGUUCCUACUUUCCAGGCGCAACUCCGAGAUUUCUACGACAGAGAUAAUGGAAUUAUCGAACGAGCGUCCACAGAUCUCCAAUGGGUGGCUCUGCUGUUUGCUAUCCUGACUGCUAGUCUAGUAUGCGCACCUGAUCUACAAGUGCAGUCAUGGGGAUUUGACAAGGUGGAGCGACAGAAGCUCUCGCGACGAUGGUAUCAAGCUAUCUUCACUUGCCUCAAUCGGGCGGAUUAUACGAGUAACUUGAAAAUCCUUUCUUGUCAAGCUAUAGCCACGGGAACUGUUUCAGCUCACCUCCUGGGGUUCAGUACAAAGCAAAGCAUCCAUCUCGCAACCGCUGUACGUAUUGCUCAAUCUUUGGGCAUUCAUCGCUUAGGGCCAGACGCCAGUGGAGGUGUCGUGGCAAAUGAGACCGGCCGCAGAGUUUGGUGCCAACUUUGCAGCCAGGACUGGUUCAGCAUACCGUUCUCCGAGAGCUACCUGGUAAUUCCAAAAUACUCGACAUCAAUCCCGCCGCUCAACAGCCACGACAAAAAUCUAGUCGCCAUUGACCCGGAUGUCCCUACUACCACAAGCUAUUCGUUAUUUUUACGCAACAUCGCGAUAAUCAUGCCCCAGCUUCAAGACGGCCUCGUGUCAUGCAAUACGCCUUACACACGUUACGAAACGGUCUUGCAUUGGGAUGCGCGACUUCGAGAACUGGCCACCCGUGGAAGGCCACUUUUCAUGGCGAACGCACCGUUAGAUCCGAGCUGGCCCACGUGGGUGCCAUAUGCGCGGCGCGCUCUAGCCAUUACGUCGAGUCACAAGAUCAUCAUGAUUCAUCGUUCUUUUCUACUGGAUAGUUUCAUCAAUCCUGCUUUCGCAUUUACCCGCCGAACAUGUCUCGCAGCCUCCAAAACGAUCGUCAAGGAGUACAAGGCCUUGAUCGAGGAAGAUGGUCCGACCCUGUGGAUCCACCAAGCAUUCGCCGUCGCUGCAUCCAUCACCCUUUUGCUUGAUGUUCUGCACCGCGAGAUCAACGAGAACGAGAGUUUUGAACAUCGCGCACUUGUCGAAGACAUCGUAGAGAUUCUGCAGCGGCGCCCAGAGAGUAUGAUUGCGGUCAGAGGUGUCAAACUCCUCAAAGCUUUGCUUGCUCGGGCGUCGCACGAGAGUUUGUCUCAAAGGAGAAGAAAGCGUAAUCGUGACGGAACACCCGCUUCCAAUUUCGAUGUGUCGGCCCUCGUUAGGGACUUUUGUCAGACCAACAAUGGUGAUAACUACCCUUUACCACGGCAUGGGGCAGCAUCGCCAUCUACUACCGAUCAACCUCCUACGUAUGACUCGGAAGCGACCAACCCUCUUGCCACAACUUUUGAACAGCCGCAGUCUACAUUUCCUUUCUCGGCGCCGGGUCUAGCAGGUACCAACAGUUUCGACGAUCUUCUGUACCUAGCAAAUUAUGACUUCACGUUAGCGUAAUGUGUAGCAAAUGUUCUUUCCACUGAGUAGUCACUAGCGCGACGUGGCUCAAUGCAGCAUCGAGAUUGCAUUGCACAUUACUUGCAUGGGCCGUUUC